AUGGCUAGUUAUACACUUUGUUUGACUCACUACGGGCCAGUUUCAGUUUCUCAGAAGAGCUUGGACCAUGUGUUGAGCAAGAAUGGAAGCAAGCGUAUUUCAGUCAUUGUCGCUGGGGCAGCAAAGGAGUCACUGUAUGCCCAACCCGGAAAAUCCACCGUGUCAUUCAUCCACCAGAGCAAAGGAUUUGUUAUGGUGGCCUUGACCCUGCCAGUGCCACUUUCUUUUGGUGAAAGUGAACUACUUAAACAAAUUAGCAACCCUGAAGGCUUGCUUCCAACUGUACCAGACUGAAUGCUGAAAUUAAUGGGGUUAGCUGUACCAUUAUUCUAUGCCAGAGGAAUUUUCCAGUACAGCUUUGGCCUGAUACCCUAUUGGAAACCCAUCUACGCUGUUGUUGGCCGCCCCAUCCCCGCUCAACAGACCCUGCACCCGACCCCGCAGCCCACUGAGGAGCUGCCCCAGACCUCCAUGAGGGAGCUGAGACUAUUCAAUGAGCACAAACGGAAGUAUGGUAUUCCAGAGCCCCAAACUCUGGUUUUUAAAUGA